UACGGAAAUUUGAUGUUAAAUAAUUGUAUUUUUACUGAAAUAUUUUAUAAUCAUUAACUCCAAUAAUAUAUAACGAAUGAAAACAACGCAUAGUAAUUUAUUCUUAACAUUUAUUUUAUCGAAUAGUCAAAUUUUUAGUUGUUCAUUGUAAAUUAUGUGAUUCUAUCAUUUAAAUCGUCAUUUUUAUCCAGUGAAUAUAUUUGUUAAUCCUAGAUCUGGUUACAAUGGGCAAAAUGGUGGCUCUUUCGGCCAAUAGCGAUGAUGCUGGAUGAUGUUAUUUUUGACAUUAGGGAGCAUAUGCGCAGAAACAACGUUCCUGCAAUAUUGUGCAAUGUUUCUGUAAUUCUGUCAUAAUAUUUCAUGUUAAUAUUGCUGCAAUGUUGCUGUACUAUUGUCACAAUGUUUUCGCAAUACUUCAAGGCAAUAUUUCACGGUAAUGUUGUUGCAAUAUUAAGAACGUGUAACUGUAACACUGCAAUGUUAUUGUUAACGUUGCAGCCAUAUUUUGUUCCGUAUGGGAAGCAAUGCAUUGUAGUUUACACAUUUAAAAAUUGGUAUGAUACACAGCUGUUAAAUGUGUCUGUAUAAUACCUAAGCACGUAGAUCUAAUUAUAUGAAAUUGAUCAUAAAAUAAUGGUAAGAAGAACGUUGUUUUACGUAGAAAAUUUCAUAGGACGCGGUCAUAUUUUUUCCAGAUUUUUAAAGGUGACCUUUCCAAUCGGAGAUUCAUAUUACGAGAAUUUCUUUCAAAUUUUUACGUUGUAAAAACUGCUCAGACAAACGUUUUCGAAUAAUUAGUCCAAAAAGCAAUUAAUCUAAAAAAUCUUGCUAAUCGUUAAAAUGUAAUCAGGAGGUAAAUCAGUCUCAAACAAAAUUUCGUUAUUCCUGAAUAGCAUCUUAUUUUGAUCCAUAGAAUCAGGAACCUUUAAAAGAACACUCUAUAUUUGAAAUAUUUAUAUUCGACAUUCUAUAUCACCAGAGAAAAUUCUCAAAUAUCAGUAUUUUUCUCGAUCCUAAAGGUGGUGUUCUCCUUUAAACAGAUUUUGUUUAUAUGAUCAAAAAAAGAAAAAAAAAACAAUAAUGCGAUUACAAAGAUUCUCGUUAUUUCGCAACUGAAAUUUGUAAAUUGUAAAAUAACAGAGAAGACCAAUAACUUCAACAAGUAUUUAACGUAUAAAGAGUAAAAGAAUAAAAUAUAAUAAAAAGAUUAUAAUCGAAAGAGUGGUUGGUAGAAGGAGAUAGGAAGGGGAUCAUAUAUGUAUUGCCAGGUCAGAGCGCUGUUAACGCAAGUGAAACAAGUCGAUUGACCUACGGUACAAUCGAAGCCAUGCACAAUCGAUGAAACCUAUGAUCCGGACUCGUCUUAUGGAAAAAAUCUAUACACGCCGGACAGAUUUAUCUCCUGAAUAGUCGAAACGAACGUAUGUACUGUAUUUAAAGUACAUUGUAGAAUAAAUAUUCCAGCAGGUGAUUUUUGCUGCUGAUUAGCGCCAUGUCCCACAAUGGACCAAUCAGCUGCUUGGUAAACCGCCGUAGAACCUCGAAUCUGUCCGCAGACGAAUGACAACAAAAGAGUCUAAUAGAAGUCGCGCGCGAGACAGUGGAUUUUUUCACGAGCCCGCAGAAGAUUUGCGGUUUUUUCCGUUCUGUUGAUCGCCGCGAGUAACGUCGGUUUAGUCGUGGUGAAAGUGUCGAGGAAUAUGAAGAGAAGAAAUGUCGAGUGCGGUAAGCUUCGGAGGCCCUUGAAACGCAACAAGCUCACCGAGGGAAUCUACGGAAGUACUUUGCUUUAUCUAAAAUUUCUUCUACUAUGGGCCAUGGUAAUUUUGGCAGACUUCAUUUUAGAAUUCCGUUUUGAAUUUUUGUGGCCAUUUUGGUUACUUCUCAGAAGUGUUUACGAUUCUUGCAAAUAUCAAGGCUUGGCCUUCUCUGUAUUUUUUAUUUGUAUUGCGCUUACAUCAGAUAUGAUUUGUUUUUUCUUCAUACCAGUACAUUGGUUGUUUUUUGCUGCUAGUACCUAUGUUUGGGUACAAUAUGUUUGGCAUACAGACAAAGGUGUGUGCCUACCUACUGUGAUGUUAUGGUUAUUAUUUCUAUACAUAGAAGCAGCAGUUCGAUUAAGAGAUUUACGGCAUAUGCCUUUCCAUUUGGAUCUCUGUAGACCAUUUGCAGCACACUGCAUUGGUUACCCUGUAGUUACGUUAGGUUUUGGUUUUAAAAGCUACAUUGGCUACAGAAUGAGACAGAGAAAGCAAAAAGAUGUAGCAAAAGAAAACGAAUUCUAUCUACAAUUAUUGCAGCAAGCACUGCCUCUAGAACAACAAAGUACAGUGCAACAGAUUCAGCAAGUUCAAACACAAGCACAUGUUGCUACAUCGUUAGAGCAACAUGUUAAAACACAAUCUAGUAAAUUAUGUCCACAAUACAAUCCAAGUCCUGAAAAAAGCAGAGGUAGAAGCAAUAAUAACUCUGCAGAAAUAGGUAUACAAAAUGGUAGUUUACAUAUAGGUACACAGAUUACAUCACAAACGCAAAAUGUUACGACGAAAAAUAAUCACAGGAAGUCUUUAGACAAAGGUGAAAAACAAGAGGAACAACAUAAUAAACAUAAUAUAACGAGUAUAUCACAGUCUGACAAAAAUGAUAAAAGGUUUAUACAUACCAAUGGAAGUACAGUUACUCACAACGAUAUACAGUUCAUUGAGAGGGUCGGAUCUGUGAAUGAUUUUGAUGCAAAUGAAAUAGAGAAAGACAAAUUUGUGAAGGGUGGAAGCUGUGGGCACACUACAAUGAAAUCUCAGACUAAUGGUUCUGUAACAGGGAAGUGGAAUAAUAUAAAAGAAAGUCGAGAAUCAUCAUGCACCCCUAAUACUCAACGUGAACGUAAAACUCGUCAGGUUAAAGCAUCAAUUGAUAAUAUAAGCGAACAACAGAAACAACAAGACGAUUAUUGUCAAAGGUUACUGGUGUGUCGCAGGCUUGAGGCUGAUAUAAAACGUCUAAAGUCAGACUUGCAAUGCAGUCGUCAACUGGAACAAGAACUUCGUUCUCAGAUAAAUACUCUACAGAAUGGAGAACGUCAAUCUAAAGGAGAUAUACAACAACUGCAACAUGACAACGAUCAGUUGCAAAGCAAGUUACAUGGAUUAGUAACAGCUCGUCAAUUAGAUAAACAAGCCAUGUCUUCGUUGGAGAAAAGAAUCGCAGAAGAAAGGAAACAGCGUACUGCUUGCGAAGCAUCAUUAGUUUCUGAAAGACGAGCUCGACGAGCUGCAGAGGAAGCACGUUCUGCAAUUCCGCCUCCGCCUCCGCCACUUAUUAGGCAAGAAUGCACGGAUGCGUGUAAAACUCGUAGGGCGCAAAUGGAGCAAGAACUUAAAAAUUUGCGGCGAGAACUUAAAACAAAAGAAGAAAGGUUCAGUGCGCUAGAGAAAGACGUUACACGAUGUAAGGAGAAUCAUAAAGAAUCAGAAAUUCUGCUCGGAGCACUAAGUGCGCUACAAGACAAAACUGCUCACUUAGAAGACAGUUUAAGUGCAGAAACCCGUAUAAAACUUGAUUUAUUUUCUGCACUUGGCGAAGCUAAGCGACAGCUAGAAAUCAGAGAAAAUUUAAUUAGAUCUCAAGAAAAGGAAAUUGAAACGCUAAAAGCAAAAAUAGCCCAAGAUUUAGCUGUGAUGCCACAAGACACAUUUGGUCCAGCACCAACCUGCGCGACAUCUAAGCUUCGGUUGAGUAAUGAAGUGCGAGUUGCAGGUACAAAAAUACGUUCUAAUGAAAGUCCCUGUCCUGGGUGUACAGUUUCGAAUUUGGAUCCAAAUGCGACAGUAUAUACACCUAAGAAUUCCCUGAUAACGUCUACCGAAGCUUAAAGAUUGUAAUAUUGGCCACAUUAAGGCUUCACAUAAAUUGGUUAUAAAUUAAAUAAACAUGUUUCAAGUAUGUUUCUCAAUGGAAAUUUAAAUAUGAGCUUGAAUUUAACAAAGGAAUGCACUUAUUUUACCGAGAUAAGAAUUUUUGAAUGUAAAUGCAUAGAGUUUCAAUACGUCUAAUCGUCUCAAAAUCUGUAUAAAGUAUUAACGAAAUAUUUUUCCACAAAAAGAAUAUUACUGUGUUCCUCGAUGGAAAUUUAAAAUACGAGCUUAAAUUUUACACGCAUAUAUAUUUAUUUUAUUAGAAUAAAAAAUGUCAUAAAUGAAAUACACACAUAGAACUUAAAGCAUCUAAUUCUUUUAAGAUCUAUCUAGAGUAAUUAUAUGUAAUAUUUCUCUUUAAAACCUCAAUUCGUACUAUAAAUUUCUCAAGUUUGACAUAGAGAAAUAUUUUUACAAUGUCUUCCAUGAGAGACUUCUAGAAACAUGUUUUGCAUCAUAUUUGUCACCUAAAAUGAUACAAUGUCAUUAACUACGUAUGACUAUAGGACGUGGCUACUAUUGGAUUUAAGAAUAUUUAAAAGUUAGUUGCGUCCUGUUAAACGUGCUGUAGGUUGAUCUUAUCUUUAUCAAGUUUCUAACAUACGUUGAACAAAACUGGAACAAAAGUAACGCGUACAUUAUCUCAUCAUCUCGAAUAAUUAUUGAACGUUAUAGUCAAUUCAGUAUGUCCAUGCAAAGUUUAAUAUUUGACAAAUUUAAUUAUGACAUUACAUUCAAUAUCGCUAUACAUAUUUGAUAAAGAAGUGUUUUACUGUUUCAAAUUGUAUACUUCGUUAAUUUUGUUAUAUCCCAUAACAUACAGAUGAAGAAAUGUGAAAAAUUGGAAAAUUAGUAAUAUCAUAUAUUUUAUUUGAAGGAUAAAAGGACUAAAAAUAUAGUCUGUUCUCGAUCCUCCUACAGCAUAUGCCUAAAUCUAUGACGACUUGUUAUAGGCACAAAUCUUACUCAAGUCGUAAUACGAAGCUAGUCCAGCAUACAAACUGUAUUUAAUGUCUUUGGCAAGUGAAGCCAUUUUAAGUCACGUGAUCAUCCAAAACCAGCCAUUAAUAUACAUUGAAAAAAACCUGCCGUUCGUCAUUCAAAAAGAUUGAUGUAAAUGUCAAAUCGCCAAAUUCAUUUUAAACGGUCAUUAUUCUAUCGAUACUCUCAUUUCUAUAAGUUUUUUUUUUUUUUAUGUUUUUAAAUCCUUGUAAUUUGUUAGUUUAGUGAUACGUUUGCGUAUUGGCUUUCGAACGGUGUAAAAUAAGUGUUAAAUACUUGGUAACAUUUUAAAAAUAUGUACAGUUUUUAAAUGAUAAAUAGAGGAUUCGUGAAGACUUUAAGGUAGACAUGUACGUUAUUUUAUUGACAAUGAGGGGAUAAAUCUGUUUUAAUUCAAAGAUUUAAAUAAUAAAUUCUAGAAUACAAAAUAUUUGUUUCUUGUAAUGUUUAAACAUUUGAAUAAUCUUUACAAAUAUAAAUUGGUGAUUCUGUUCAUUUGCUAAUAAAUCGUUGAACAGUUUAGAUGAAAGAAUAAGAUAAAGAGUUUAUUUGUAAUAUGUUAUGUGAAGUAAACGUUGAUAAUAUAUAGCAUUUAUACGACUUAUCGAUUCGUACAUAUUAAUUUUAUACAACUAUACGUCACGAUUUUUUUUUUCUUAACGUUUGAUAGUUUUAGUAUACCAAUUAAUGCUUUAUGCUUAAUUAUAUUUUGCGAAAAUAUUAGACUGUUACUUUCUAUCCAUUUCUCUCUCUCUCUGUUUUUUUUUAUUAUUAUUAUUAUUAAAGCUUCAAAAGGCUAAUAGUAAUGGUAGAACAUCAACUACUACGUUGUUCCUUUCGAAAACAGUGAAGUACUUUCAUAUGUAAUAAACAACUAAAAAGUAUGUAUAGAACAAAACAGCAUUACAUGUACAGUCUCGAUUUAAUGAAAUGAAUUUUGCAUAUGCUUUUAAUCCGCAAGAAAGCCAGUACCUACUUAUUUCAAUGAACAAUUAACGACUGGUUGAUGUCAUAAAAGUCAUUUUUCCAUGAUUGUAUAUAUAAGGCACUGUCAUGACAAUUUAAUAGCAUAGUGGAUCAUGACCAACUAGUCAAAUGGAUUUCUAUAAGCACAAAUAUUUAUUAGAUAUCUCAUAUUCAUUUGAUAUUUCUGCCCCUACAUGGAAAAGCAAUAACAAUUAUUACGUAUUUUCUUUUAUUAUUAUUAAAGUGAUAUACAAUAUCCGCGAUUAUUAAUUAAUUUCACAUUAUUUGGAUGAUCUACAUAUUAAUUCUAAUUGCAGAAUAUUAAUGCACAAUGGAUAUUUUACAGGUAUUUUUCAAUUUACAUGAUAAUUGUAUUUGAAGCGCAAUUGUUCAGUUACAAUUUUUUUUAAAUAAUAUUACAACAUUAGAAGUUAAAUACGUCUACCUUAUUAUUUUUUUGCAAUGUUACUUUCACUUUAAAUUAUUUUCCGUGUUACACAGACGUAGUAAUUUUUCUAUUUAAAAAAUUAAAGGCAUAUCAAUACAAAGGUCGUGUAAUUCUGAGGAAACCUUUACUUUAUAUUGUUUUAUUAAUUAACAGCGCUAAGUUUUCAUUUCUCAAGUGUAUAUAAAUAUAUUUAAAAAUUAAACAAUUCACUGAUGUUGGCAAUUAAACUGUUGAGGGUUAAUGUGAUUACUUCAAUAUGUUAGCGCACCUUGAUAUUAGUUGUACAAUGAGAAGGAAACAAUUAUUAAUCAUACAUGCAAGAUGGUUUUCUUACCGAUUAUUGUCCAACUGGUAUGAAAAUUAAUUUUAUUCCUUUUUAGUUGAAGUCAAUUGGACUUCUAUCUAUGUCAUGCUGUAUCAUUACAUCCAUAAGUCCUUAUAAUGUAAUGUAACAAUGUAAAUAACUACAUAUUCAAAAUAGACCAAACAUGAAGAGUUAACUGAAAUUGUUUGGGCACUUGCGUAGCAUGGUCAAAGUGCUAUACAAAACUUGUUAGUUUAACAAAAAAUGUGCUUUCUUAACUCAUUUAUGAUUUUCCAUAUAUAAAUAAUUCAGCGACACAAUAAAACGAUCUGAUUCAUUUAGUUUUUUCUUAAUUACAAUUUUUUAAACUGAAAUGACAGCUUGUAAACAAGAAUACAAUUAAGAUGAAAGUCUUCAGAAACAAAACAUUCUAUUUGUACAAACAAAAUAAUGUGUGCGACAUGUUUCAAAUCUAUUAAACUCCAUUAGUUACCAUGUACUUUUUAUGUAAUUUAGGUUCAGUUGAGUAUAACGUGUAUCGUAAACAAAAAUUAAACAAUAUUUCGAAUACGGAAUAUAAAUGAAUUAAUUUAACAAGAAAAAUUGUAGAACAUUUAUACAAAGAUAUUGCUUGGAGAUGAAUGCUUUUCUCCUAAAGCAUUGUGUUAUCAAGUACACGUGAAGUACCUGAUCAGGAGACGCCGUAGCGUUCGCGGCUAAUACACAGGGUGGUUUGCCAGAAAUAAAAUUUCUAAAUAAUUUUAUUAGCUUUGAAGAUAUGAAAAUAAUGCACCAACCAUAAUAUGAGUUGUUCUGAAGCGCAAGCAUGAUACACAAAAGAUCUUCUGUUCUUCUUAAAAAUGACUUUCAGAUGAUGUUAAGUGAAUUUAUUCAUGUAAUAUAAUAGGUCUUUAAAAGUAAUUUUUAAUGUUUACCAUUUACACUUCUAAAACAAGCUAUACUUAAAGGCAUACUAGUGACCGUAACAAAAUAAUUAUACGACCCACAAGAAACGGUGUAUAUCAUAUUUGCGCCCUAAAAUAAUUCCAUUUAUGUUUACAUUAAUUUUUUAUAUCUGUAAAAGUAUGAUUCAUCUAGAUGUUUUGUUUCUAGUGAACUACCUUAUACACUUAUCUUGGAUAUAAUUCCAUUGUAAGGCUGGUUUCAUAAACAAUAAUUUUUACUAUUUAAUUAAUUCAUAUUGUUUGUAUUUAAUUAAUGUGAUAUAUCAAAUGCAUACACACGAGCGCCCACACAAACACACACACACACGGACACGUACGCACAUUCACACUGUAUAUUUUCAUUUAAUUUUUCUCAAGCAUAUAAGUGUACUUAUUAAUGGUGAAUACUUUUAGAGGGUUAUUCUAAUUAAUUUUUCUUUUAUGUUGACUUCAAAUCAUCCCCUAAAAUAUUUACCAGAAGAUGAACACACUCUGUAUAUACACGUACAUUUAAUUCUCUGCAAGAACAAUCUUAAAUAGGUAUUUACUUUUCAUUAUGUAAUGAAAAUUAUAUAAGAAGGUGCUUUUUAUAUGCUUAACGUGACUGUAUUGCAAUUUUGUAUUUAAAUUGUUAAUUUCAAUUAUAUUGGAAGGCAUA